AAAAUGUUUCCAAACUGCGCCAGUAAAAGUAACUUAACAAGGGCGACGGUGCUGGCAGCCUCGACGACAAAGGCCAUUCCGACUGGCCCUAAGGUACAAUGUCAAGCUUCUCAAGAGGCUCUCCAUUACUACGGAGACUGCUCUCCUGUCUCUCCGCUGUCCUCUUCCUCUGCAUCAUCUCAGCGCAUGCGGCUGCCGCUGGGAAUGACACCUUACUAUGGGGCCCUUACAGACCAAACCUCUACUUUGGAGUACGCCCUCGCCUGCCAAACAGCUUGAUGACAGGCUUGCUAUGGGCCAACACAGAAACUUUUGCUACUGCCCAGACUAACUUCCGUCACACCUGCGAACAAAAUGAAGGAAUGGCAGGGUAUGGCUGGGAAGAGUACGACGCUCGGAAUGGAGGUCGUCAGACAAUACACGAUACUGGGAACAAGAUCGACCUGACAAUUGACUUCGUCAAGAUUCCAGGCGGGCAAAACGGAGGAAGUUGGGCUGCGAGGAUAAAGGGCACACCGAGAGAAGAUGCUCACGCAAACCUUGUUACGGCGCUCGUCUUCUAUGCUGGCAUGGAAGGACUGGGCCAAUUAGCCUUCGAAGACGAUGAUAUUGAUACAAAGCAAAAGGUGACCUUGCAUGGCUCUACGACCGACCUGGGAGAUUUCGACAUUGUGUUUACGGAUCCAGUCGAGAACCGAAUGCCAUACAAGACCCAUCCAUCGUGGGACGAGAAACCACUGGAUAGUCCUCUCACUUGCAGCCUGCAAUUGCCACCAGAUGCCAUUUGGCAGGCCAAAAAUGUUGUCUUUGCUAGCAUGAAGCAGGACAUAGACAAAUUCUUGCAAGAGUAUGGGCAGGAAAACAUGCCACCACCAUGGGCAGCAUUCGCCAUCUCACAAGAUUCUGGUCCAGGUAACUUCCAUAUGGUUCAGAAAAUCUUCGUUGGUGAAUUCGAGUUUGACGUCCUAUUCAAUUCCGCCUCUGGUCCUUCGAUUUCCACCGACACCUUGACCAAAGCUAUUGCUGAGUCGUCCACCAGCUUUAGAGCCAAGUUUGACAAUAUCUUCAAGCCUCUGACACCUUUCACCAAACCUGCUUAUACCAGUUUUGCAGAGUCGAUGUUCUCCAACCUCUUCGGCGGUAUCGGGUAUUUCUACGGGGAUUCCCUGGUGGAUAGAUCUUAUGCGCCAGAGUACGACGAAGACAACGAAGGCUUUUGGGAGGAAACGGCAGAAGCCCGAGCUCGAGCGGAGGUCGUCAAAGAUCCCGCUCGUGAACUUUUUACCAGCGUCCCGUCCAGACCAUUCUUUCCCCGUGGCUUUCUGUGGGAUGAAGGCUUCCAUCUCGUUCCUAUUGCUGAGUGGGACCUCGAAAUCACCAUGGAAAUCGUGAAGUCUUGGUUCAAUCUCAUGGACGAAGACGGCUGGAUUGCUAGAGAACAGAUACUUGGUCCCGAAGCACGAAGCAAAGUCCCGCCCGAGUUUCAAGUCCAAUAUCCUCACUAUGCCAACCCGCCCACCCUGUUCCUGAUCAUCGAUGUCCUGAUGGACAAACUCUCGGAUCCCAAAUAUUCCGCCCAGAAAUCUCGAAUCGACUCGGAGCUGCGCUCGCUAUACCCUCUCCUCAAACGCCAGUACUACUGGUUUCGCCGCACUCAAUUUGGCGACAUCAAAUCCUAUGACCGUGAAGCCUUCUCCACGAAAGAAGCCUACCGCUGGCGAGGUCGCACGCCGCAACACAUCCUCACCUCCGGACUGGACGACUAUCCGCGCCCUCAGCCCCCUCAUCCCGGCGAGCUGCACACUGACUUGAUCUCGUGGGUCGGACUCAUGUCCAAAACUCUCCUCCGUCUGUCCACAAUCUUAUCCGAGACCGACGACUCUGGAGACUUCAGGACUCAAAGUACCGCCAUCCUACGCAAUAUCGACGAUCUACACUGGUCGGCCGAGCACAAAACCUACUGCGAUGCCACGAUCGACGACUACGAGGACUCCGUGCAUGUCUGCCACAAAGGCUACAUCUCGCUCUUCCCCUUCAUGACAGGCCUCAUGCCGGCGACGCAUCCCAACCUUCCCCACAUUCUCAACCUCAUCCGGGCCGAGGAUGAACUCUGGUCGCCCUACGGAAUCCGAUCACUAAGCAAGUCCGACGAAUUCUACGGCACGGACGAGAAUUACUGGCGCUCCCCAAUCUGGAUGAACAUGAACUAUCUCAUCCUCAAGAACCUGUUGGCGGUAGCACAAGCACCCGACGCGCCCGCCAAGGUCAAGACGCAAGCGACCAAGAUAUAUACCGAGUUGAGGACGAAUCUGGUCAAGAACGUGUUUGACCAGUGGGAAGCCACCGGGUUUGCGUGGGAGCAGUAUAAUCCCGAGACGGGCGCCGGACAAAGAACUCAGCAUUUCACAGGCUGGACGAGUCUCGUCGUGGUGAUCAUGAGAAUGCCGGAUCUCAGUGGCGAGGUGGGAAUAAAGCAUGGCGAGCUGUGAAUGGCAUCAACGACAGCAACUGCGCACCGAUGUGGUCAGCACCAUCGGCCAUUUCAAGGAGUAAGUUUCUUCAGAUGAUGAUAUUACAGUACACACCUAUAUAGCGACCGUCUUUUAUUUCUCACGCCAACCUAAGAUAUCCAGAGUCGUCGUAGAAAAAGUGAGCACUGCGCCACAUUAUUCCAUUGUCAUAAUAAUCGCUUGAUCAUCC